UCCUGCAGUCCCCGCCGCGGCCGGGAGGUGGCGCUGCUGCGAGGGCAGAGGGGCGUGGCCUCUCUGCGUGACGUCACGGAGCGGGGCGGGGCUAGCCAGCCGCGCGCCCGCGGGUUCAUUCAUACGGAGGAGGCGGGAGCGACGGGGCCGCCCGGGGGGAGCCCGGGGGCUCCGCGGCGGGGACAGGUCUCUCCAAGGUGAUGAAGAGGAGCAGGUGAUGAAGAGGAGUGGGAUGCACUGGUGGCUUGUCGCCGUCCUGGGGGUGCUGAGCGGACCUGCCCGGGGAACCGGGAGCUGCAGUGCCCCGGAGCCGGGUACUGCGGGAUGCCCGCCCGGAGCGGAGCCCAGCGGGGAUCCAUCGGGGUCGUGCCGAGCCUGUCCCCCCGGCACCUUCUCUCUGGGAGACGCGUCCUGCGCCGCUCACACGCAGUGCCGCGCCGGGAACAGGGUGCUGCUGGCAGCGGGGACGGCGGCGAGCGACAGCCGCUGCGGAGCCUGCCUGCCGGGGUUCCACAGCCCCGGAGGGGAGAGGGAGCCCCGGGGCCGGUGCCUGCCCUGCGCCGCCGCUCCCCGCAGCACCCCGGGCUGCCCAGGCCGGCGGCGAGCCCGCAGCCCCGAAAUGCCGGGCAGGACACCGGGCACCAACGGGACACGCGUGACCCUGCUGGGUGAGGAGGAGGAGGAGGCGGCAGCAGCGCAGGCGGCCGUGCUGACCAUCGUGCCGGUCUUCUGUGCCAUGGGGUUGCUGGGAAUCCUGGUGUGCAACCUGCUGAAGAAGAAGGGUUAUCACUGCACCGCCAGCAAGGAGCCCCAGCCCGGCGGCACCGGUGCCAGCUCCAUCUACCAGCUGGAGGAUGCCAACGAGGACACCAUCGGGGUGCUGGUGCGGCUGAUCACUGAGAAGAAAGAAAAUGCAGCGGCGCUGGAGGAGCUGCUGAAGGAGCACCAGAGGCAGCAGCUGAUGCCACCGAGCUGUGCCCCCCUCAAUAAGCUGCACCUCCUGCCUCAGUUUCCCCCCGCCUGCCACCACCAGCAGCACCUGCACACAGUGCAGGGCCCGGCCCCGUGUGCCCGCUGUGACCAGAAGUGGCCCGAGGUGCUGCCACCGCUCGGUGCCACCAAAGCCCCCAAACCCGGAGCUCAUCCCAGCGAGGUGACCAUCCUCUCCAUCGGCAGGUUCCGGGUGUCCCGGAUCCCGGAGCUGAGGAGCGAGGCCGGGGGGGAGCCCCUCCGUGGUGCCCUCCCCGCUGGCAGCGGGAUGUGAGCCCACGUGGAACAGCACCAAGGGCCCCAGCAGGUGACAGCCACAAAGACCCCGUGGAGGGGUGGAGGACACGGGUGCUGUGUGAAAGCCAGUCCUGCCCAGAGCUGCCAAGUGCUGGAGGUGGCAGCUCAGCUCCUGCUCCUGCCACCGACGUGUCCAAGGGCAGCACAGCAAAUCCAGCGUCUCGCUCGGCUGCUGAGAAGGGUUCUCUGUCCCUGAGGCCUGGUGGUGGCCACAGCGUGGUGGCCUCAUAGAAGGUGACUCCAGGAGCUGCGAUGCCAGGGGUGGUGGCCACAGGAAUCAUCAUCUCUGGGAACCAUGAUGCCACCACACAGCUCCACUGGAAGCACAGAGGGCACUGGAUGCCAUUUCGUGGUCACCUUCUGGGUGUGUUGAGCUCUCCAGGACCAUCAUGAACUCCUGAUUUCCCUCCAUCACCUGGUGCCAGUGCUCAGCAUCGCAGGAUCAUGAAUCACUGGAUCACAGAGUGAUUCCUCCCUUCCCAAAGCCCAGCUGGGGCAUGGAUUGCUGGUCUCCUGCAUCCAUCCAUCCUCUCUCCAAAGUCCCAGUUCAGGAGCACACAGUGGUGAUGCUCACCAUGCAGAUGACACAUUUCACUUUCCAUAGGAAUUGCUUCUGUGGGAUCACGCUGGCUUGGCUGUGUUGGGAUCACAGGGAUAACCCACCCAAUGUUGGGCUGGAGACCAUCAGCCUCAACCAUCAACCCAAAAAAGGGUUUAUGGCUGGUCCCAUUCACCUCCCCACGACACCACCGUGCCAAAAAACCAACCACCAAACCCUCUCGGGCUCUUUUAUUUAUUUAUUUAAUUUUUUUUGGAAACAUUUUAAUAGUUAUCGAAUGUUCUACAUCUUACAGUAAAUAUCGUACAGUUACAAACUCUUGGCUGAAAUCUGUCAGGGAGAUCACGACCUGAUCUUCAGAACCAAAACCAGAACAGAAAACAAACGGGAAAACAACCCCAAAUUUACACUUCAGAUGGACAAACUGAGGCUGUGGGGCUCUCCAGGGCAUCAGUCCAAGGCCAUGUUCCCUACACACCUGUGAGAUGUAGACUUGGAAGACGUGGUUACUCUUGGGUUUAAAUUGUUUUUUGUUGCUGUUCUUUCAAGGAAUAAUUUCUUUUUUGGUAUUUAUUUUUAUUUAAGAGGUCAAAUAAUACUUAAAAAUGAGCUGGUCUGGUGGUUGAAAUCAAUUUAAAAUUAAUUACAUAGAAAGAGGGGUGGGAACCCGGUGUGGGUCGAGGCCAUGUUGUGGGAAUGGGAGGGUUUGGGUGUGAUCCUGCACCUUGCAAUGCUUCCCUACAACUCCCUCCCCUGACCCUGAACCCCUCUUCCCCCUGUAAAAUUCCAUCUCUUGCAGGAGGAUGCAGGAAGGCUGCAGGUGGCCAUGUUGCAUCAAGAUUAUUCCCUACAAGCAGCACAGUCGAGCGUUUCCAAAUGGGAAUCGCUCCUGUCAAACCACAAAUUCUGCUUUUCCUGCCCUGCAAACAUUCCCACAAGUUCUUUCACCUGAUUGCCAGAGAAUCUCCAAGUGCCAUGGUGCAACAUGCCACAGGAAUGCCUUUUCCAAGGAUUUCCUCCCUCCCAAGCUCCCUCACAGGCUUUAUUUUCUUUUUUUUUUUUCCCCAAAGGGAAUGCUAACACAUAGCAGAGAAAAUAUUUGGAGGCUGAUCCUGGCUUGGGAGCAAAGUGAAGGGAAGACGGGCAGAGGGUCACCACAGCUGGAGGGCCUGAAAAUAUUGGCAAUUAAAAACAAAAAAAAGCCCAAAUCAAAAAUACCUGGAUUUAUGGGUAUCCAGCAGCUCUUAUUGCUAUUGUUGGCUGGUUGGAUUUUACCAAAAAUAAAGCCUCAAAUGUUGUUUUCCACCCUGCUGAAAAGCCAGGAUCCCAUUUGAUGCCCUCUAGCUGGGAACCACAUCAUCCCCACAUUCCCAGAGGGGAUGGCAAAGAGUCAGGGGGUCUCUCUGGGAAGGACCAGAUUCAGUGGGAUGCUGGGGGCUGGAGGAAAACCUGAUGCUCUGAACAUCCCUCAUUAAAACAAACCCCUUAAAUAACAUUUCCUGGGAAUUACAUCCCAAAACUGAAACCAUGCUGAACUGAGUGAUUUAUUAUUCAUAAAAUGCAGUAGCAAAUCCUUGCCUGGAGGGUUCAGCCACUUGGAGGCACGAUGGCCUCAGGCUUCAAGGGGCUCCUGGGCUUUGGGGGUCACCACCACCACUAAAAUCCUAUUUCCCCCCCCAAAUCUUGCAUUGCAGAUUGUGUUUUGAAGUAAAGGUAAGGUCUGGGAUGGGUUAAUGGUUUAGAGUUAUUUUUCCUUCCUCUUUAGCUGGAAUUUUAAUCUCAGACACUUCAGUGGCUGCUGAGGAUGGUUUAACCCCUCCUGCUCUUUCCCACUGAUGCCCGGUGUGAUCCUUCACUGUGGAAAUCCCUUUUCCUUAACCAACAUCAGCAAAGCUUUGCUGGAAUGACAUAUCUGAGAAGCUGGUGGCCCCAUCAGUGUCCUCCAUUGUGACCUGCCCAGGACCCUCAGUUAAGCCAAGACUUGACCAAGGAAGGCCUUGGGACCAAGGGAAGGGCAGGGAGCAUCUCCCCACCUUGGGAAGGAGCCACCCAAGCCUGGCACUGUGUGGUGGCCCUGGUUCCUCACAGUGGCUCAAGGCUGGUUACCAAAUGUCCUCACUAAAGCCUCUGGCCCAACAGGUGGCAAAUAUUUCACCACUCCACGCUUUGGUUAAUGAGUAUUUCUGCCUGGGAAUAACGGGAUGAGGAGCUCUGGAUCUGCUAUUGAUCCAAGCAAAGGAAUCAAAACCCAACUGCCCUGUGUCAGUGGGAACACUGGGUGAUCCACCACGCUCCACUCCUAGGGCUUUCUCCCCACCUUUAAUGUUUCUUUUCCUUGCAGGAGAAAGCCCAACAUCUCCUUUCCACACCCAGGUCAGAAUUUUAGGAGUGGUUCCUAAAGUGGUGUCUGGGACAGUGGUGGGAUGGUGUCUGCUGGUCCAGGUUGUUUGCAGAGCCCAGGCUGGGAUCCCAAAGCUCACUGGGACCCCACAAACCAGACUGCCAUUGUGUUGGGAGACCUGGCUCAAUGCUGACAGACAGCUCCUGGUGUGUAACACAAACAUGAGAGGGGAAAAAGGGAUCUCAGAACUCUUCAAUUCUUAGGAUCUGGGGAUUUUUUGGCCCAGGUUUAACUGCAAUGUGCUACAAACAGUGCAAGGAUGAUGUGUUGGUGUUAUUUCCCAAGGUCCUGUUGCUCUUUACUAAUCAAGCCAAAUAGGGAACCUACUGAUGAUUGGCUCCUUUGCUCUUUUUUCCUUCUCCUUUCCCUCAAUACCACCCCAAAGUGCAGCCCAAGGGUGCCCCUUCCCCACCCCACCACACAGUCUUCCCCCACUUUGUUCCUCUCGAGGCUGAGGAGAUCAACCAGAGCUUUGCUCUAGAUUUCCUUCAAACCCAGCAGAAUCAACCAAAUCGCGCCCAAACAGAAGUGCCAACACCCAACCUGACAAACUCCUGGGACCAGCCAGUGGGAGGGAAAGUCCUCCUGGGAUCCCUAGGCCUGUUACUCCCCACCUGCCCCAUGCCCAAGGGAAGGAGCUCCAGGAGCAGGAGCCAAGCUGGGAGACUCCACCGAGAGCAUGGAACACUUUUGGCACACUUGAGGCAAAAAACAAAACCCAACCAAGCCUUUGUCUUUAAAAAAAAAAAAAAAACAA